AUGAACAGGAGACAAGGGUUCCAGCGCCCUCAGGGUCAGAACAACACCAACAAGCGGUAUGGCAACCAGAACAGCAGCGGUAUAAAUCAACAAUAUAACCAGCAGCAACAGAAUACCGUACCAGUCCCCAACAUGUGGCAGCCUUACGGAGGCUCGCAGCAGCAGCAGCAGCAGCAGCAGUCAGCGACACUUGCGGAUUACAUGCGCGGCACAUGGAACAAUCCCGCGCCUCCCAUUCAGCCAUAUGGUGCCAUGAAUCUCCCGAUGCCUGCCGCGGCUCCUGCAUAUCCACCAGCGACCCCAACGAGAGCUACACCAGGACAGCACGGCUCUCAGACUCCCCGCGGUCCCGCCAGUCGAAGUGGUAACAAUGCACUUCGACCACCCCGUGCCCGCGCCCCUGUCCCCACCUCGGAUCCGCACAUGAGAGUACCGGCGAACUAUCUCUUUCCGCAGGUCGCAGAGCAAAUUGGCGAAGGCCUUGGGUCAGGUCGAAACUGGCUCGUUAUCAGGGUUGGCACCACGGAACCGGUGCUGCGAGCACCCCUACUCAUCGCACGAUGCAAGAGGGACCCGAUCAAUCAACAGAUCGGCACGCCCUAUCCCACUGCAAACGACGUCAUUCCUGCCGGCACCUCUCUCCGACAAGUCUGCCAACGUUUCCCAAGGCACGUCUGGGGGGAUAUGCUUCGCAUCUUCCUUUCCGAACAGUGGGAUGCUCGUCGCAUCUGGGACAUGCUCCCUCAAAACAUGCGCAACAACUCCAGCAAUCGGCCCUGGAACUAUCUUCAGGCGGCGAUGGGUCGUGAGGUGGACACGAUGAUGCAGGAGGAAACCGGUGUCCGCCGCGUGCCAUUGAAGAAGGCUAGGACCCCGACUCCAACUCCAGAGGUUGGCGCAGCGCUACUUCUCAGAGACAGCAAUAUGAUCAACGAUGCUGAAAUGAUCAGUGAGCCUAUCAUGGUCCGCGAUGAGGGGGGAUACCUUGGCGACCACGAAGUUGCCGCGAGCAUUGACUGGUCCAACGAGGAGACAUUCACGCUCCUCCAGCUUGAAGUCCUAACGAGGACAUACAAGUCGUGGGCGCUCCAUGCCCAGACGGCCCUGAUGUCGGUGCAGUACAGUCGAGCCAACGACGCCAUGGUGCGGCGUUUCUACGGGAAACGCCACACUGAGUACCACCAGUGGAUGCUCGCUGAAUACAGAAGACUCAUCGGUCCCAUCCAACCGGCGGACGCCCUGGAGAUUCACCGUCUCAUCUGGGAGGCCCUGCACCCACGCCAGCCAGGUGAGGCUCUUGUCACAUACCAAACCAGAGCAGAAUGGCACGCCAUGCGCAAUUACGCCGGUGUCGUUCAGAGAUUGUGGAAAUGGACCGAGAAAGAUUACUGGGAGCUCGUUGGUGGAGAGCCAGAAGAGGAAGUUCCUGGCUGGGAGUCUGAGGCCACCUGGAGGUGGACACAGCCGGAUUUUUAA